UGCGAUCCAGGACGUACUUUUGGACUGGGAAGGCCUGUAGCCAAAAGGACUGCACCCCCUGAAUCACAGCCCUAAUCAAUUCCAGUUUCCCAGCAUAAGAAAGCUUCAAGGUUGCCCACUUGGAAAGGAAACCGUCAACAGAUUUGAACAAGGGGGGAUAAUCAGCUUCAGAAAUCCUUUGGGAGGCCAAGGGAAGUCCCAAAUAUCUAACAGGAAGAUGCCCACGAGGGAAAGAUGCCAAAUCUAGAAUAUUGUGGCUGAUUUCCCUGUACUUACCAGCAAUGAAGAUAUUAGACUUAGUUGGAUUUAGAUUCAAACCUGACACACUGGAGAAGUGGCUAAGUGCAUCCAUAAGAAUUUGAACAGAUUGGAAAUCACCCCGAGAAAACAACAUAAGAUCAUGAGCAAAAGCCAAGUGUGUAAUCCUUAACUCCACACAGUCCUUGUGAUAAUUAAACACACCCUCUCUAGCUUUAGUAUUGAGUACCCUAGACAAAUACUCAAUACAAAAAAGAAAGAGGGUUGGUGCCAUGGGAUCCCCCUGUCUCAAACCACGCUUGCUGUUUUAAAAGCCAUGGCAGUUUCCAUUAAUCAUAAGGGAUGAGGAAGCAGAUGAAACACACUCCAUGAUAAGGCCAACAAACCUGGUUGGGAAACCCAGACCAACCAUGACAUCCCGGAGGAAGCUCCAAGAAACUGUAUCGUAGGCCUUAGCGAUGUCCAAUUUGAUCAUGCAACUAGGGGUAGACCUUUUAAUAGCAUAAUCCCUGAUCAGGUGUUGAGCCAGCAGCAAGUUGUCCACAAGUGACCUCCCUUUGACAAAAGCCCCUUGGGCUGGAUCAAUUAGGGCGGACAGUAGAGGUGCCAUACGCCUAGCAAGGAUUUUGGUGAUAAUUUUGUAGAGGACAUUUAGGCAUGCAAUAGGUCUAAAGUCCUUUACAGAUGGAUUAUGGGCAGAUUUGGGUAAUAAAACAAUCAUAGCAUGAUUGAUUUGUUUCAGCAGCUUCCCAGAGGUAAAGAAUUCUAAAACAGCAUCAUAAACAUCCUUCCCAACAGUAGGCCAUUGGUUUUUGAAAAAUGCAGCAGUAUACCCAUCAGGACCAGGUGCCUUAUCAUUCCCAAUAUCAAAGACCACCUCCCUAACCUCCUCAAGACUCACGCUGGCAAGCAAAGUACUGUGGCAGGAAUGGGGACAGUAGGUCCAGCAGCAAGAUAAUUAGUACAAAUGGCCUCCACCUGGGUGGUGUUCCCAAACAAAUUAGUGUAGAAAUCCAGGAACACUUGACCACCUGUUCAUUAGAGGUGGUUUUGGUACCAUCCUCUUUAAUCAAAAAGGCCACAGCAGUCUUCUUCCUAUUCUUCUUGACCAAGGAAUGAAAAUAACUAGUGCACCUGUCAGACUUCAAAAGAAAGUCACACUUGGCUUUCUGUUGGUAAAAUUCAAGCUCAGCAUCAAGAAGGAAGUUGGCACGCUUCCUUUUGAUUUCAGCAUCCUCAAGGAGGGUUUGGUUGUUAGGAUCUGCCACCACCUCCUUCAUCACCAAGUUGUAUUCUUCUUUGGCCUCCAAGACCCUUCUAGAAAUAUGGCCAAAAACAUGUUUGUUGAGCACUUUCAAGGGUGGUUUCAAACGCUUAAGUUUAGAGCACAGGGAGAACUGUUUGGAGCCAAUUAUCCCAGGUUCCCAAGACUGGAGUACCAAUUCAUGGAAGAUAUCAUGCUUGAGCCACAUGUUAAAGAAACGAAAAGGUUUGCUUCUUAUGGCAGUUUGGCUACCACAUUGGAAAAGCAUAGGGCAAUGGUCAGAGAGGAAAUUGAAGUCCAAAAAAUCACAAUUAGGAGCUAGGCCAAUGUCAUCCCAGCCCUGAUUGAUGAGCACUCUGUCCAGCUUAGCCAAUUUGUUCCCUUUAUGCCAAGUGAAGAAAUUCCCUCUGGAAGGUGCAUCCUCAAGGCAGUUGGAGUUUCUGAAGAGGAGUAGAUCAUUCAUAUAGUACGCACCCUGGCUCAUACAGUUGGUCUUCUCAUUAGAAGCCAAGACACAGUUGAAGUCUCCCAAAAUGGCCCAAGGUUUGGCCAUGUUUCCAGCAAGUGAAGUAAGCUCAGCCCAGAGUUCUCUCCUCUUAGGGACUGUGUACAGCCCAUAAACAAAAGAAAAGCAAAAAUCCUUUUGUGAUGUGAGGCACUGGGUCUCACAAUGGAUGUACUGU